CCCCACUGAGGACCGGUGGACGAGGUGUCCGGUCUGAUCCAGAUGUGUCUGUGCUCAGGGAGUCAUGGCCGCAGUCUUCAGACUUCCAGACAUGCACUUUAAUCUUUUCCUCACAUCGGGUUUGUCCGUUUGUUCCUCGCGCGGCGUCGUUUUCCUGGUGGCCGCUCUCCUGUCAUCUUGUGCCGGAGAAACCUCAGACAAUGUGCCCGUCAGGAUCCGGGCCUACGCUGGCGACACUGUCAUCCUGCCCUGCCACAUCCCUGUCCGCGGUGACAUCCCAACAGUGGAGUGGACCAAGGAAGGUCCUACUCUGGACAUCGCCUUCCUGUACCGCCAAGGCUGUGAGACGUUCGAGAUGAAGAAUCCCGUCUUCCAGUACAGGACAAACCUCUUCAUGAACGAAGUGAAGAACGGAAACAUCUCCCUGAGGAUUUCCGACUUGCAGCUCUCCGAUACAGGAACGUACAAAUGCAAGACUCUCCAGGGGAAGAACCAGAAGGUCGUCACAACAGUGGAGCUCCUUGUGGGUGCCGCUUCUGAGGGACCCUCGGUGGUUGAAGGUGUAGGUGAUGGAGUGACUCUGCAGUGUGAGUCGAGCUGCUGGUCGCCGGAUCCCGAGAUUACGUUUCUUGAUAAUAAGGGAAACUACAUCGAUGCCGAAAACCAAAAGAGAGACCAAGAUUCCGGGAGAUGUUUCCAGAUACGAAAAGUGACUCUGCCGAUCGAUACCAAGAGUGUCACCUGCAGAGUUCACCAGCCUCAGACCGACCAGACCAGAGAGACAAGGAUUCCCAUACCAGCGACGAGUUCCUGUUCUAUGGCCUGGGCCGCUGUUGUAGUGGCUGUAAUUUUAUCUGUAUUGAUCUCGUGUGUGUCAGCGCCACAUUUACGCAAAAAGUGUGGCAGCUGUGGCAGGAAAGGAACAGGCAGGAAUGCAGGAGUUAACGAUCCGGGAAACCAGGCUGACAGCACUGAAAAUGCCAUCGCUGAACACCUCAGAAAAAUUGAGGAGCUGGAGUCAAACCUUCGUGACAAAGAGGAGUACAUUAAACAGCUAACUGCAGAACGGAAUGACCUGAGAUCAAAGCUUAUGAUUGACAAUGGUCCUUCCGAAUCCUCACCAGACAUCUCAAAUCCCUCUGACCUACAUCCACACCAGUUUCCUCACGGCAACAGUUCAAAUCCGGCGGCCUCAUCCAAUAACAACCAUCCAAGAUCUGACAACUCAACCCAGAAGAAAGAUUCAAAACCCGCCGUCUCCAGACAAAGUCCACCAUUUUACCCCCCAGUCAACAGACUGGGCAGUAAUAACAACAGCAAUCCUGCUCUUCCAGAAAGUAAUGGCGCUACGUCCAGUGUUUAUUCAGCUUCCACUUCAGAAGAUCAGUCUCUUGCCCGUUCGAAGAGCUUGUCUGAGUCUCGGCCUCAUCCAAAGGGCGGCAAGCUCCAACGUAGAUACACCAUCUCACCAUCUUACCACAACCGUUUCCUGUCAGAUUUACCUGAAGACUCGCUGCCAUUGGUAAACAUAGACAACAGUAACUAA